AUGUCCGCCCCGCACAGGCCACCCCUCCCGGACGCACAACACCCCAUCACCGCUAUCCAAUGCCCGCCGAUCCCAACCCGCAUCGGCAACGCAUCCCUGCGCAGGUCCCGGUGCGAUGGCAGGAUGUUCGGGCACCACCGCGGGGCGCCAAAGGCGGCCGAGGGGGACGAUGGCGGCAUGGGCGGGUCGGGCAAGGCUUCGCAGUUCGAGAACACGCCGGGGAGCAAGGGCGACCUGGGAAUGGGGGAGGACGUGCUGGGCCGGCUGCGUGUAGCGGAGGAGGAGGCCGCCAAGCUGAGGAAGGAGCUGGCGGCGGUCAGGGGGGAGAAGGACAGCAAGGAGGCUGCCGGCCCAACAGGAAGCACGCAGGGGGAGGCGAGAAAAAGGCGUGGAGCUCCGGAGCUUGUGUAUGAUGCGGAGCGGCCUAACUGGUUUAGUGAGACCGACAUGGAGUUUCUUGUGGGCUCAAAUGCAAAUGAGACGAACUCAUCCUACAAUUUGUCCGUGGAGGAGCAAGAUGUCAUAAAGAGAAGGCUGCUUCUGGCUGGAGGCCUAACUGCAGUUGUGGCAGCGGCUGCUCUAAUUCCGCCUGACCUGAUUCAGUUCAAGCCAUCGGGCCCAUUGUCAUCAUACAUCUUGCCACUGCUGAGGAGUCGAGCUCUGCUGGGAGAGGCACAAGAAUACAUUGGGAAUGCAGACUGGCAGCAAGUCCGGUUGAUACUGGAUCGGAUCAAGGGACCACCAAACAACACAAAGGAGAAUCUGUUUGCUGCAUCCAGCCUCCUGGACAGCAGGGCAACCCAGCAGCGGGCAGAGCAGCUGGCCAAAGAUUUCCUCGACAACUUGGAAGCGAUCGACUACAACAAAUACUUUGAGGACCGCAGUAGGAGCCCCGACCAGGGUGGCGCUGCGCAGCAGCGCUUCGUCAACUUUUCGUUGCAGGCCCUUAAGGCCACGACAUCCAAUCUGGACGCUUUCUUGAGGCUGAUGCCAAGCACGGCUCUGGAAGAGGCACGGCAGGAGCUGGAGUCGGUCUACAAUUGA